AUGUUGAAUUUUGAUGUUGGGAAUAUGCGAGAGCAAUUAUUUCAGCUAGAAAAUGCUUUUGAUACUUUCCUGUCACCUCAUUCAUCAAAAGACGACCGAAAACAAGCGGAACAUUAUAUAUUCGAGAGGCGACAAAAAGGACUUCCGUUAACUUUCUGCAAGUUUGCCUGGGACAUUAGCAAAAAUGAAGGUGUAUUAUGUGAAGUGGCUUUAGGCUUCAGCCAUGUAUUGCUUAAAGAAUGGUUUACUCAGGAUCCGAAUAUUGUUAAAGAUGUAUGCAAAUUUAUAAUAACUUCUGUGAUUGAUAUGCAAAAAAUGCAAAGGUUAAACAAUCGAAUUCGAUCAGCUUUAUUCCACUCGUUUGCAAAAUUGUUGAAAAGAAGUAUUUGCGAUGAUCGCAAUGGAGAUUUAGGAACAUGGUGUCUUGCUUUCAUCAAAGAUUCAAUUGAACAAAUGUUAAUGGGCGAAAAUGCUGAAUUGGAAGAAUAUGUAUGCGAUCUUAUGGCAGCCAUUUGCUAUGAAUUUUCGACAACUUGGCGUCAGGCUCAUCUUGGGUUAACAUGGGAUUUCCAUAUUAGAGCAAAAAGAAUUUUUGAUGCAAAGAUAUUGAAAGAUAUCUUUGAUAGUUGCCUUCGAUUGUUAUACAAAAUUUCGUUUGAACAGGGACAAUCAUCAACUCAAGAAAAUAAUUGUUAUCGAAAAUUAUACCGCGUUUUCGAGUAUAUACUUUCGUGGAAUUUCGGAGAUCCUUAUCCAUAUGAUUGUGUUGAAUGUGCAGAAGAAAAUGAGGGAACACCUUUCGAGUCUUCAUACCGGCAGCCUCCAUUUCUUCUUUUGACUCCUAUUGUUCCAGCUGCAUAUGUGAUGGCUGACAGGGCUUACAUGUUUAUGGCAUGGAUUUCAUUUUUGCCUUUGGGUUGGGGUUUGAAGGUUCAUAAACGUCUAAGAAAUCAGGAGGAGCUUUGCACACGUUCUAUUUUGUGUUUGGUGCAAUUGGCUUCUGUUAUGGGUCAAGUGUUCGAUGGAAGUUCGGAAGGUUAUAAUUCAGAAAAUGCAGAAAAGCGAUACUUAGCUCAGUUUAUAAAAUGUAUUCUCGAUACAUUUGAAUGAACUUUUUUCAGUGGUCCGCUAGAUCAUGAAAUUAUUGAUUUUUGCAACAUGAUUUAUAAAUUAUUUACUUUCCACAAGAUAUCUUUCUUCAUGAAUCUCGAUGAACCAAUCAUUUCUGCAUUUUUGCUGUAUAUUGUUAACAUUAUGGAACAUUUGACACCGCUUAUUAUGCAUGAAUUUAUUGUUAAAAAUGAUGAUUAUCGAAAAGAAGCACUGGUCAAAAUUUAUGUUAGCUGGAUCGUCUUAUUUAAUUAUGCUCGUCGAAUGAAACUUGAAGAUAAUUUGGAGAGUUCAACAUUGUCCAUUCUUUUAAAUUUUGUGAGGUCCGUUCUCUCAUCUCCUGAAGGGAAUCGUGAAACGAUCCUAGAUGACAAUACUGAUGGCGAUCAAGAACAUGAUGAAAUAGCAUUAGCAGAUUUGCUUGAACCUGAUUCGCAGAGAUUAUAUAGUGUUCAAAUGAUGACUCGCAACUGCACACGCUUUCAUUUCUUUGUAUGUCAUUCAUGUGCGGGUUGCUGGAUUCAUCUUAGGUGUGUGAGAAAUAAAUUAAAGCAGUUCGUCUCAUUUAUGCAGAAAGGCUUUAACAAGCAAAUUUUGAUUGUUUGGUGGGAAGAUAUGCAUUGGCUUCUUAUAAUCAUUGGUUCCAUCUAUGCAAUAAUUGAUUAUGAACUUUGCGACUUUCCCUAUGCGCUCGAAUCUUUUAUCGAUGCUGAUAUGGAAAAAUAUGGAGAGGAUUCUAACAUAAUCACUAAUUAUAUCAUUAACUGUAUUCAAAAUGCCGAUUCUUUCGAUUCUGUUGAUUUGCCUAUUUUCGCACAAACCAUAGCUAUGGUUUCUGCAUGGGCUUCUAUAGAAUAUCGUGUUUUGGAAGAAUUAAACAUAGAACUAACAAGCCCAGAAUUAACGAGGACAACAAUGUGGUGCAUUUCACGUUUAUAUGGUGCGAUGAGCGACGAUACAGUCGAUCGUAAUUCAAGAAUGCGACUUAUGAAAAGAGAUCGUGGAUUUGCAAAUUUUAUCAUUGAAUUCCUGCUUCGAAAAUCAUUUGCAAUAUUCAAUAAACUGUCGGGCGAAACUAAAUUAUGUGAGGAUUCGAUUGAAUUUUUAGGCACUCUUAUGAAAAGAUGUGCAUUGGAAAUUGCUUCAGGUGAUGUUCUAUUUAAUUGUUUGUCGACAGUUCGUUAUGAUAAUUUUCCUUCUCGAGCUUCGAUUAUAAAAGCUUUGGCCAUAAUUAGUGAUUCAGUUGUUGCGAGUGAUGAAAUUAAAAUGCCACUUCAAGAGAAGAUUUUCCAUUUGAUAUUAGAACCUCUUAGAAACGAAUUUUUAACUCUUGACAAAAGUCCUUCGUCAGAAUCAGCUCUAAUAGAUUUACUUGAAUGUUUCAAUGGUUUCACACAAGCAUGUUUUAUGAGUGUCUUAGAUUUUUUAUUGCCAAUACUCGAUAUAUGUGUUAUUUCUGCAACAUCAAUUCAAAGUGAUUUAUUUUUACGAGAAGUUAUGAAUUUAUUUAAAGCAACGAGUGGAAAAAUGAGACUUAGUGAAGAGACAGAUGAAAAUACAAUAAUUUUUUAUGAAAUUUUAAUAAGACUAUUCGAUCGUUAUCGUACGGUACAAAUGCAAAAACGUAAUUCAGUUGAUUUUGAUGACGAUAAUAAAUCAAAUUAUAUUCUUUCAAUUAUUUAUAUUCUAGAUGAAUUAUUGAAUCGAUUGUUUUUUCAUGGUUGCCCUGCUCAGAUUGAUGUUAUGGAAAAAGGGAUGGCAGCAUUUUUGUGUGGAAUGGAGAUAUUGUUUUCAGAAAUAAAUGAACUGAUUCUUAACGAAUUUCCUCGAUUAAGCUUCUUCACAUUAUUAAAACGUCUAGUAAGUAUGGAGCCAAGACAUUUUGCUUCAAUUUCGAGAUGGCCAUCUCCUUUAUUUAAUCUGCUUUAUUCUGGACUAGAGUUUCAGUAUGGUCUUGAGGAUCUUCGCCUUGUUAUUCCAUACGAUUUUCUGAGGAAUCUCUCAUUUAAUCUUUGGAAGAUAUACCCAGCAAAUUUUGAUAAUUCUACUAUAUGA